AACACCUGUGCAGGACCUUUACAGAAAUAAGCCUUUUAAAUGGCAGGCAUUUUGACUUAUCAAAGCAAGCCCAGGUGUAAAUAAUAACACUGACUCUAUUCUGUCAGGCCUGUUCUCAAACUAGUGCGUAUUACAUCAGUUAAAACGUGAUAAACAGGAAAAACAGGAAAGUGUGUGAAACACGAAAGGAGAUAAAAAAGGAAGUCUGUUUGUCGCGUAUUACAUUUCAGAGGAAAAUAACAUCUCCGUGUCUGUGACGUCCCUGUUCCCUUAAAGCUGAAGAGUAGAAGCUGAACCGUGGGACCAGAAGGACGAGAGACACAUCACACAUAUCAUCAUACGAUCAUGACACCGUUGCAUGUCCUGUAGAGGACACUCCACAGAUCCAGUACAGAAAUGAUCCAACUAUAAAACUUUGUCAUGUCAUGCUGGAACGUCAAAGUAUCGGGGGAGUGGAUUUGUUAUCAGCAGCUUUCCGUGAUCUGGUCAAAGUGCAUGCUGCAUUUUGUGCUUUUGCUGAGCUGGUGACACUACAUACACUGAAAUCAACUUUGGAAUAAACCUUAAUAAGCCAAAGGUGUCUUGCGGUCUACAAGCUUGGGGGAUAACUUGUAUUUGUGUGCAGAUUAAAGAUCUUCCUGCCUUGGUUUUCCUGUCAGCUUGUUCACAAGUUGCAAGAAUGACUCAAGAGAAAAGCCAGAGGAAGGAGUUUUUAGAGGUAGUAAGUGUUCUGCAAUGGGUGCUAAGCUUUCUCUUCUUAGGAUUGGCUUGUAUCAUCUUGAUGGUGUACCUUAUGUUUACCUCGCUGUGGCCUCUUCCCACUCUAUACUUCAUAUGGCUGGUGACGGACUGGCAAACCCCUGAAAGAGGGGGCCGGAGGACAACAUUUGUAAGGAAGUGGAGGAUGUGGGAGCACUUCAGAGAUUAUUUUCCAAUCAAAUUGGUUAAGACAGCCGAGCUGAAUCCAAACAAGAAUUACAUCUUGGGUUGUCAUCCACAUGGCAUCAUGAGUCUGGGAGCCUUCGCCUGCUUCAGCACAGAGAGCUGUGGCUUCACUGAGGUGUUUCCUGGCCUGCGACCCACCCUGGCAAUACUGGCAGGGCUUUUCAGGAUACCACUCUUUAGGGAUUACAUCAUGAGUGCAGGUCUUUGUCCAGUCAGUAAACCAAGCCUCGCUCACCUCCUUUUUAAGAGUGGCAAGGGUAAUGCAGUUGUGAUUGUGAUUGGGGGCGCUGCUGAGUCUCUGGCAUCCUCUCCUGGAGUCGACACGGUGGUCGUGAAGCAGAGGAAGGGAUUUGUCAGGAUGGCUUUGGAGUUUGGGGCUGAUCUGGUGCCUGUUUACUCAUUUGGGGAGAAUGAACUCUUUCAGCAGGUGAUUUUCUCAGAUGGAAGUCUGGGUCGGAGGUUACAGGACUUGUUCAAAAAGAUUGUAGGUUUCGCCCCUUGUCUAUUUGUUGGUGGGCACCUGGCAUUCAUACCCUACAGGAGUCCAAUCACAACAGUUGUGGGAAGUCCAAUCUCAGUGCCAAAGUGUGCCACACCUACCGAGGAGCAGGUGGACCACUAUCAUAGACUUUACAUGGAAGGCCUGUGCAAGUUAUUCCAUGAACACAAGGUCAGCUGUGGACUUAGUGAAAGUCAAAAGCUUCGGAUCAUUUAAGACAUUUCUCUUCUAUAUGAACUGUUAACAGGGCUUCGUCCCUGUAGGUGUUUUCAUUAUUUAACAUGGAUGCUGUGAAAGCCGACGCCCGCUUUGUGAGAAUGCUGUGUUCACAAAGCAGCGAAAACACUCAGCAUGAAUAUAUUUGUCAUGAACCCAUUUUAAUGUGAUUACACCCGGAGGCCAUCUAAAGAUGUGUGAUGAAAAGGCAGAACAAGUCAAAUAAUAAAUACAAAAAAAAAAUAAAUGCAUAUUUUUUCA